AUGGACAGGGUCCAAGAUCAAUAUAUGCGCAUCAAUCACUUCCUGAUGUGUCUCAUCGGCCAAUGGCCGCAUCAGGAGAAUUGGGAGAAAGCUUUGAUCCAAACUGUCUUCGCGCCUCUGGUUUUCGCUCAGGCGGUCCUCCAGGGUGGCGGUAUGAUCACCGCUUUGUUCGCGGGUGACAUUGACGUGUUUAUGGAGAGUACGUCACCCUUCGUGAUUAGUCUAAUGUGCAUCUGCAAGUACGUUAAUUAUACGUACAAUCAUAAGCAGAUGAAGAAGCUCACAGUUGUAAUGACGGACGACUGGAACAUACACUCGAAGUCUAGUGAAGAAUACGAUAUCCUUUGUAGGAAUUACGAGAUCGGCAGAAAAGUCACGAUUGGCUACGCAGCUUCCCUCUACGGCUCUAUGGCCCCAUUUCUGGCCGUGCCGGUAGUAUUAAACACAGCUAGCUAUAUGGGAUUAUACAACGCCUCCGAAGGGAGACCCGUAAUGUUCCGUUUGGACUACCUUCUGGACGCGGAGAAGUAUUAUUAUCCGUUGUUGGUGCAUUCAUACAUUGGCACACUCGGAUUCGUCUCGAUCGUCGUGGCGAUCGACUCGAUGUUGGUGUUCCACGUCCAACACGAGUGCGGGAUGUGCGAGAUUCUCGGAUAUCGGCUAGCACGGAUUGUCGAUGCGACUACUUUAAACAUAGAUUUACAUCCAAAUCGAGAGGAGGAUAUAGGGUACGAACACGCUAAGGAUUGCGUCAUUAUGCAUAGCCACAUAAUAGAAUACGCUAGAAGGCUCGAGAACGCGAAUACGACAUCGUAUUUUUUUCAAUUAGGUUUCAACAUGGUCGGCAUGACUUUUACGAUAUUCCAGGCGGUGGUAAAGUUGACCGAUCCGAAGCAAGCGUUGCGAUAUGCGUCGUUCACGGUGACCUUGCUUUCCGUCCUUUUCCUCGAAAGCUGGCCGGGUCAGCAGUUAACAGAUUAUACCGAUAAGAUUUUCGGAUACAUAACCAGCGGAGAAUGGUAUCAGAUUUCGCUGAGAGCGAGGAAGGUGAUCAGCAUUAUGCUAAUGAGAAGUUACAAGCCGAUUAAGAUAACCGCGGGCAAGCUGUACGCCCUGAACUUGGAGAACUACGCCUCAGUCGUGCGCACGUCGUUCUCUUACUUCACGGUUCUCUGUUCGAUGAAUUGAGCGUUCGCUGUGCGAACAUUGCAGCUCGAGGAUCAUCGUCAAUGACUAUUGUCAGUCCAACUGAAGCUACGAGCAAUCGACGUACCUCUACCUGCCCGUUUCCUCGACAACUUUCGUGAGUUAUACUCGAGAGCGGCCGCAAAUUAAGCUAUACAUAAAAAAAAUAAUUGCUGUAAGAGAUACCGUAGUAACUGUAAAGGUGCGACUAUCUCGUUAGUAUGAGAUUUUGCGGAACAUGUGUGCAACAUACGAUAACACGUUGCUUUAAGAAUUCAAAAAACGAGAAAUGCUUUGGCCCCUUCGCUUUGCGCGUCGAGCUGACGAAGAUCGUCGAAAUUCGUCUUAGAGUGCGUCGAGUCCAAAGAAAUUAGAUCUUCUAUUCGCGGUAUCCGUACGUUUAAUUCUUAAAGAGUACUGCGUUCGGAUCGUCCGUAUGCAUGGAAAGAAUUUUAUAGUAAAAUUGCUGUAGAAUUUUGUAACGCAUCAACAUAUUCUGCAGUAACUUAUUAUCCUUUCAUUUUAUAUGUAUUAUUGUAAUUUAGGAUCUGAAAUGUGCUAUUAAAAUGUUUGCUAUGUUCCUAGCGAAAUUUACUAUAUAUUCCUUAGAAAGGUAGAUCUUACUGACUGUUCCUGUAUGCAGAAACAUAGUAAAAUUCAAAAGAAUUUAUGUAAAAGAAAAAAACUAUAACGCACAUAUACAUAUACAGUGUGUCACACUAAAGUGAAGCAAAAGAAAAACGCUAUCAUUAGUAAGUUUAAGGAUAUAUUUAAUGAAUAAAUUUUUUUAAACUCUAUUGAAUUAAGGCUUUAAUAAAUUUC